GGCCCUCCCUGGUGCUCUAUCCCGGCCGCGCAGCUCUGCGGCUUUGCCCGCGCGCCUCAAGCUUCUCAACCUCCGACUAAGGAAAGAAUCUUAGAACAAGAACAAACCAUAUCGCUGCUGCUGAGACCUCACCUUUCUGCCUGCAGCUCUGCAGAAGGACUUCCAUCCCUUUGAGAAGAAAGUGGGAUAGUCACACUCCCUGUCUUCAUUGGCCUUUAACCUAACUUCUAAUUCCCUGAGCCAACUUUGAUCACAUUUACCAUCUAAUCUUUAGUGUUGGCAAGUGUGGACAUCUGAACACCGCCCUCUGGAGCCAGUGUUUUGGGCUGAGGGUGUUGGUAGGGUACUGAGGACUGAGCAGCCAGGGCUGUGUGCUGAAGUCACCAUGUCCACCAAGGUCCCCAUUUAUCUGAAACGUGGCAGCCGCAAAGGCAAGAAGGAAAAGCUUCGGGACCUGCUGUCCUCAGACAUGAUUAGCCCACCACUUGGGGACUUCCGUCACACUAUUCACAUUGGCAGUGGUGGAGGUGAUGACAUGUUUGGGGACAUCUCCUUCCUGCAGGGCAAGUUCCACCUCCUUCCAGGAACGGCAGUGGAGGAGGCCGAGGAGGAUGGCAGCUUCGACCUUCCCUUCCAGUUCACUCGCACUGCCACUGUGUGUGGGCGGCCACUCCCUGAUGGACUGUCACCUCUGCUCAAAAAUGCCAUCUCCCUCCCUGUCAUCGGUGGUCCCCAGGCUCUCACCCUGCCCACAGCCCAGGCUCCACCUAAGCCUCCUCGCCUGCACCUGGAGUCACCACAAUCUUCUCCAAAGUCCUCCCCGCAGGAGGCAGGAAAUGUGGACAUCUGGAGGAUCCCGGAGGCCAGCUCCCCCCACAAUGGCAUGAGCCCAGAGCCAGAGGCUGAAGAGCCUUUCCUGUCCCAUGCCAGCUCCCUGCUGUCUCUGCAUGUGGACCUGGGGCCAUCUAUCCUGGAUGAUGUCCUCCAGAUCAUGGAUCAGGACCUGGGCCACGUGCAGAUCCCCACAUAGGACCCUUGCUGACCAGACAGGUCACCGAGGCUGUGGUGACGCCUAGAGACAUCUAUGGACAUGGCCCUGACCUAGGAGUCAGCGUCCCAGAUCCCACCCGUGGGUGCUGGUCAGUGACUGUGUUUUGAGCCUUUUCUUUCCUUCCCUCCUCCCAAUGGACAGAGGACAUCUUUGCUUCCCUCUAACAACAUCCGCAGGGGACCAUGUCAGAUUUGCCCCAGACAUUCCUGAGCCUCUUAGGUCAUCUGGAGCCCCACUUCCCUCGCUGAAAUGGACUCUACCCCUUUUCCACUGCCCUCCACCCCAGCAUCAUCAGAUACCCACCCAUCUUUGUACCCUGGCCUGGGAGCACGUUGUCCGUAACCAGACAUGGUAUGCCUUGUGUCCUGUCCCAUCCCUUCUCCACAUGACCAGGGGAUUCUGGUUGCAACAAAACAUGCUGCUGGUGGUGGCUGAGCAUCCUGUCCCCUUAUCCCAGGCUUCCUUCCAAAGGUGGGCCAGUUUCCAUAAACAAGCUCACUUGAGAAAAGUCCCACCCCAGAAGAUUUCAUAGAGCCUGGGCCUCCCUUCAGGGGUUGUGCUUAAGUCUGCACCCACAGUGAAAAUGAAGCAAGAAUAGUCAGUAUUGUUACUUUGUUGCUAUGACAAAAUGCCUGAUGAAGCCUGGCGGUGGUGGUGCACGCCUUUAAUCCCAGCACUCGGGAGGCAGAGGCAGGCGGAUCUCUGUGAGUUUGAGGCCAGCCUGGUCUACAAAGGGAGUUCCAGGACAGGCUUUAAAGCUAUAGAGAAACCCUAUCUAGAAAAACCAAAAAAAAAAAAAAUGUCUGAUGAAAACAGCAUCGGGGAAGGGUUAUCUGGGCUCACAGGUCCCAGGUACAGUACUGUCCAUCAGGAAGAGGAAAUCAUGAGAGCAGGAGCUUGAGACAGCUGGCCACCUGUGUCCAUAGUCAGGAAGUGAAACACAGUGAAUGAGGGUGCUUUGAUCACUUUCUCUUUUAUUCAGUCUGGGACCCCAGCCCAUUGGGUGGUGCCGCCCACAUUUAGGGGACCCCAGUCCACUGGGUGGUGCUGCCCACAUUUAGGGGUCCGUUUUUUUUUCACUGUCAUUAACUAGAUCUAAAAUCUCCUUCACAGACAGCUCCCUGUUUCCAUGAUGAGUCUGACCUUAUUAAGUUGACCAAGAUUAACUACCACACAAACCAAGUAUCAAUGGUGGAUACUGGACAUUGAUUUAGGUGUUUGGCAGGGAUGGGCUGGAAGGGGCUGGAGAGAUAGCUCAGUAGAUAAGAAUGUUGCUUGUGCCACACAGUGGUGGUGCACAGCGCCUUUAAUCCCAGAACUUGGGAGGCAGAGGUAGGUGGAUGGAUCUUUGUGAGUUGGAGGCCAGCCU